AUGACAACAACAGUGUAUGGAAAGUUAACACCGUCGUCUUCGGACUCGUCGAUGGAUCACCAGAAGUCCAAAUUGUGGACUAUGGACACUACCCCACAAGAUAUAACCGUCGUCCACCCAUAUCUCUCUCAUAUUGCUUUUAGUAAUACGCUUAAGUUUUACCUUAAUGGCCGUUUGAUGGUCGUGAAGAACCCCAAUCCUGAGGGAACAUUGCUUGAUUUCAUUAGAACUCAAGCGAAUCUUACUGGAACGAAACUAUGCUGUUCAGAGGGCGGCUGUGGUGCAUGUACAGUGACCGUCGCUGAAUUCGACCAGGAAAAGUCGACCAUCAGGUAUCAAGCAGUCAACUCCUGUAUCGUACCGCUUAUUUCAGUCGAUGGCAAGCAUCUGAUAACUGUAGAGGGGAUAGGAUCAACAAAUGAUCCUCAUCCAGUUCAAGAGCGGAUGGCUAAAUUUCACGGAUCGCAGUGUGGAUUCUGUACACCUGGAAUUAUUAUGAGCAUGUAUGCUUUAUUGCGAAGCAAAAAUGGCACAGUUUCCAUGGAGGAAGUUAGCGAAGCUCUAGAUGGAAAUUUGUGUCGCUGUACCGGUCUGAUACCCAUCCUCGAUGGCCUGAAUAGUUUUGCCUAUGACAGUGAGCAUUACAACAAAAUCAAACAGUAUCCAAAGGAUGCCAGCUUUGUAUGUUCGAAGGGUGCUGACUGUUGCAGGAAUAAAGCAAACAAGGACGGUGAAACCGAAUCGAAUUCUAACCCAGACAUGGAGAUCGACAUGACUGAACUCUUCUCCCCGGACGGGCUCUCUUUGAAAUCCUAUGAUCCAAAAAGAGAUUUGGCAUUUCCUCAAAGGCUGCAGCAGAUGCCAGUACAACCAAAAUUUUAUGGUAAUGAAUACAAAGUCUGGUUCAAGCCUACAACAAAAGCUCAGCUAUUGCAGGUCAAAGCCAUAUACCCAAAGUCCAAGAUUGUAGCUGGUGCGUCAGAGGUUCAAGUCGAAGUGAAAAUGAAAGCUGCUGACUACAAAGUAAACAUAUUUGCCAAUGAUAUUAAAGAGCUCAAAGGCUGGGAGUAUCAGGAUGGUUUUGGGUUGACCGUUGGAGGAAACAUAUCCCUUUCCGAUUUAGAACAUGUUUGUGGAAAUUUAAGCAAGAAGCUCGGUUCAAGAGGAAUGGUCUACGGUUGCAUCAACAAACAGUUGAAAUAUUUUGCCGGGAGACAGAUUAGAAAUGCAGGAACACCUGCGGGCAAUAUUUUCACUGCCUCUCCAAUUGCGGAUUUGAAUCCCGUGUUAGUUGGAGCUAGAUCUAUUGUGACCACGGAAAAGCUUGAUGCUUGUUCUGACAAGAUUACAGUGGAGUCAUUUGACCUCUCUGAUAAUUUUUUCACAGGUUAUAGGCAACACAAGCUGGAUCCAGAGAGCGUAAUCACUAAAAUAUUCAUCCCAGAAACUAAAGAUAAUGAAUAUAUUUCCUCCUUUAAACAAAGCAAAAGAAAAGAUGAUGACAUUGCCAUAGUUUCCGCUUGUUUAAGAGUUCAACUCGAUGACUUGGGAAAUGUAGUGGACUCAACACUUGCUUACGGAGGUAUGGCGCCUAUGACUACUACUAGCAAGAAUACUGAAUCAUUUAUUCAAGGUAAGAGUAUUUUUGAAGAAUCCUUCCUGCAAGGUGCCAUUGAGGCUCUUGAUAAGGACUAUCCAUUACCGUAUAGUGUUCCUGGAGGAAUGGCUACGUAUCGAAGAACCUUGACAUUUUCAUUUUUCUUCAAAUUGUGGCAAACAAUGUUGAGAGAAUUUCAACCAACCGAUCUGGAUGCAUUAAUGAAACCAGCGUCUAGCCUUUGCGAUGUAGACUCAAAUCAAGAGGUUACCAGAAAUUUUCCCCGUGGUACAAGGGAUCUAACUACUCCAUUUGAAGAAGGCUCCAUUGUUGGAAAACCAGUGCCACAUUUAUCUGGUUUAAAGCAAGCUAGUGGAGAAGCUGUUUAUGUUGACGAUAUCCCACCUCAUCACAACGAACUUUUUGCUGUGAAUAUCACUUCUGCCCGACCCCAUGCUAAGAUAUUAUCUGUCAACUACGAUGAAGCGUUGGAAGUCGAAGGUGUUAUGGGAUAUGUGGAUAUCAAUGACGUGCCAUCGAAACAUGCUAACCUUUAUGGUCCUUUGCCAUUCGGUAAGCAGCCAUUCUUUGCGGAUGGAGAAGUGUUCUACGUUGGACAGACUAUUGCUGUGAUCUUGGCUCGUGAUAGGGAACGUGCUGCUGAAGCAGCUAGAAAGGUCAAAGUUGAAUACGAAGAUCUUCCGAAUAUUAUCAGUGUCGAAGAUGGUGUUGAACAGAAGUCAUUUUUCCCUGAUUCCCGUAAAUAUGAAAAGGGAGACACUAAAGCUGCUUUCGAAGAGUCUGAUUAUGUGUUUGAAGGUCAGGUUCGAAUGGGAGCUCAAGAGCACUUCUACUUUGAGCCACAAGGGUGCUUGGUGGUACCUGAGGAAGAUGGGGAAAUGAAAGUUUACUCGUCUUCGCAGAAUCCAACAGAAACACAGGAAUAUGCAGCUCACAUCACAGGCGUCCCUAUUAAUCGAAUUGUAGCCAGAGUCAAAAGACUAGGCGGAGGGUUUGGUGGUAAAGAGUUGAGUCCUGUCUCCUAUUCUUCAGUUUGUGCCCUGGCAGCCAAGAAAUUCAAAAGUCCUGUACGAAUGAUAUUGUCCAGAGGAGAGGAUAUGAUGACUUCAGGCCAAAGACAUCCCUUCCUGAUGAAGUACAAAAUCGGUGUCAAUAAGGACUACAAAUUCACUGCAGUAGAGGCUACCCUGUAUGCAAACGCUGGCUGGAGUAUGGAUUUGACAAGGGGAGUUGUUGAUCGAGCCGUGUUUCAUUCCUUAAAUUGCUACUUUAUUCCAAAUGUCGUUAUCGAAGGAAUACCAGUCAUGACCAACACUGCUUCAAAUACUGCUUUUAGGGGAUUUGGGGCCCCGCAAGGAAUGUUUUUGGCUGAGUCAAUGGUAACAAGAGUCAGUGAAGAGUUGCGGGUAAAUCCAGACGUUAUUCGGGAUCUCAAUUAUUUCAAAGUUGGGCAGACAACUGGAUACAAACAACCUAUAGAUGAGGAUUUCACUGUUCCUGAACUUGUGCUUCAAAACAAAAAAGAAGCGAAGUUUGAUCAACUCGUAGAGGAGGUGAAGGAAUUCAACAGUAAAUCCAAAUGGAUCAAAAGGGGUAUUUCUCAUAUCCCCACUAUGUUUGGAGUCUCAUUUGGAGUAUUAUUUCUGAACCAAGGAGGAGCACUACUUCACAUUUAUCAGGAUGGGUCGGUGCUGGUAUCUCAUGGUGGUGUUGAAAUUGGCCAAGGUCUUAAUACCAAAAUGACAAUGAUUGCCGCCAAAGAGUUGGGUGUUCCUUUAGACAAAUGUUUUAUAAGUGAAACUUCCACCCAAAGUGUUCCCAAUACGUCGGCAACUGCAGCAUCUGCAGCCUCCGAUUUGAAUGGUAUGGCAGUGAAGAAUGCUUGUGACAAACUCAAUGAAAGGCUAUCUCCUGUGAAAGAAAAGCUAGGAGACUCGGCCACAUGGGAGGAUAUUAUUCGAACAGCUUAUCUUGACCGAAUUUCUCUCUCUGCAACUGGAUUCUACAAAACUCCAAAGAUUGGAUAUGUGUUCGGGGAUCCAAACCCCAAGCCUGCAUUUUUCUACUAUACACAGGGCUCAGCAAUCAGUGUAGUCGAAGUCGAUACUUUGACUGGAGAUUGGUCAUGCCUAAGCUCCCAUAUUAAAAUGGACCUUGGGAGGCCGAUAAACCAUGCAAUCGACACAUAUCAAAUAACGGGCGCAUAUAUGCAGGGAGUCGGACUUUGCACAAUGGAGCAAAGUCUCUGGCUGCGUAACAAUGGGCGCCUCUUUACAACCGGGCCUGGCGCUUACAAAGUGCCUGGAUUUAGAGAUUUGCCUCAAAAAUUCCACGUUUCUAUUCUCAAAGACCGCGAGUUCAAGCAUCUAGACACAAUAUGGAGAUCCAAAGGCAUAGGUGAACCGCCUCUGUUCUUGGGAUUCAGCGUUCAUUUCGCACUACGUGAUGCUAUAGCAACUGCUAGAAGGAGUCAAGGCAUCGAGGAAGGGUGCAAUGGCCUACCCUUCAGAAGUCCAUUGACCACAGAACGUAUCAGAACCAUGAUGGCUGAUCCUAUUCUUUUGGCGGCUCAAGUGCCCGCCGAAGGCAAUGAGUGGUUCAUUGAGGCCUAG